AUGGCUCCCCAUCUGCAGUCCAAGAAGCGCAAACGCCCAAACACUCUCUUAGACCUGGCCGAUCGGCAGGCCAAUGCCAGCAGCAAUGGCUCCGACACGAGCAAGCCGACCGCCGUUUACACCCCAACCAAGGGGCGCUCCCACACGCUUAGUAUCGCGCUUCCGGGAAGCAUAAUUGCGAAUGCUCAAUCGCACGACCUCAAGACGUCCAUGGCCGGCGCCAUCGCGCGCGCUGCCGCCGUUUUCUGCGUUGACGAAAUCGUCGUCUUCGAUGACAAGCAGAGCCAGGUGCUCAACAAAGGAAGGGGGAGCCCGGUGGAUGGGAGCAGUGGCUUUGGUGACGACUGUAGCAAAGGCUUCGGGAAGGGUGGAUACGGAACCAUGCGAGGUGCAGCCUAUACCGGCUACUCGGACCCUGACUACUUCUUGUACCACCUGCUCUCCUACCUUGAAACGCCGCCAAAUCUGCGCAAGGCCCUCUUCCCCUUGCACCCGAACCUACGCACGGCGGGUACAUUACCAAGCCUAGACAUGCCGCACCAUCUGCGUGCCGACGAAUGGUGCCAAUACCGCGAGGGUGUCGUGGUGGAUCCGAACGCGUCCGACGAUGGCAGCAGCUGGACCGGAAGCUCGUACUCUGGCUCUCCGCCGGCUCCUAGCAAACCGAGUCAAAUCAUCUCGCUGAAAAAGCAGAAGAAGUUCAAGAAGGGAAGCCCGCCUUUGGCAGACUUCAGGCACAGUAAUAGUCCGCCGGUGACGCUGGACCUCAGCGUCGGCGCCAGAAAUGGGGCUGCCCCGUACACGGUUGUGGACGCCGGUCUUCCCCAGCCCAUCCAGCUUGAUCUGGAGGAGCCCAUCCCUCCGCACACGCGCGUUACGCUCAAGCUGGCUUCGGCGGAGAACCCGGGCUACUACUACGGCCUGGAUGCGCAGCCCGUCGAUCCCGCGCAGCCACGCGAAGAGGCCGGAUACUACUGGGGCUACCAGACGCGCCAGGCCGGCAGUCUGUCGGCGGUAUUCACCGAGUGCCCCUUCGACGGCGGCUACGACGUGUCGGUCGGGACAAGCGAGCGCGGCAUGCCCGUGUCGCAGAUACUGGCUCGCGGUGGUGUGCCCAAGGAAGACGACGGCGGCGGCGGCGGCGGCGGGACUCUGCCGGACGAGUUCAAGCACUUGAUUCUCGUGUUCGGCGGUGUUUCUGGACUGGAGGUGGCGGCCAUGGCUGACGAAGACCUCGUGGCCAAGGGCGUUACGGGGAAGAAUGUCGGCAGCAUCUUCGACGCGUGGGUGAACCUAGUGCCGAACCAGGGUAGCCGCACGAUCCGCUGCGAAGAGGCCGUUUGGCUAGGCCUGAUGAGCUUUAGCGAGUACGUCAGGCGCAAUGGCGAAAGCCGUGGUUCGCAGAAGACGGCAGUGUUGAUGACGGGUGUGCACGUGAUCGCGUUCCAGCGGGAGAGCUCUCCAACUUUUUCGGCGAGCGCCUGCCAUCCGAGCAUCCUCGGCGCGAAUCGAGAGAUCAACGCACACCCAAACGACCUUGUCGCCCGCGCCCGCGCGCCCCUCCCAAUCGCAAUGGCUUCCUCGCUGGCCAUUCGGCGCGCCCCGCGUCUCGCCCUGCCCACCCGCCCCGCCCACGUCACUGGCUACCGUUGUCUUUCCUCCGCAUCUUCGACCUCGCCACGGAUACAACAAUCGCGGAUACUGCAACAAUGUGCGGUGGGGGACAGGAAAUUCAGUACUGUCGGCUCCAGGCAGGCCGAGAUGUCGGCCGGCAUGAAGCGCAUGGUUCAGGACAUGCAGAAGCGCAGGGCGAUGCCGAGCGUGACGACCAUACAGAUGCAGAACAUGGACGAGGUGCCAACUGACAUGGGGUUCAUGCCUGAUACUUUCAUUAGACCGACGGGUGCGAAUGUGCCUUCUCUGAUCAGGGAGCCGAAGAUUAGGUUGAAGAUGGAGUAUCAUUGGGUGAAGACUAGGGUCUAUGAUAUUGUCAGCCGGCUGGUGUACAAGUUCACGACGGUGAAGCCGCGUCCUGCCAUCGGCAGACGCGGCAUUCGCCAGCUUGCGCUUCGGCUGCAUAAAGACAUGUACACGGCAUUUGCCUUUGGCGACGUCCAGCACCUAUCCACCAUCUGCACCGACGGCAUAUUCAACACCUUCCGUGCGCGCAUCAACGCACGCAAGCCCAACGAACGCCUGUACUGGGCACGGCUAUCGCAGCCGUGGCCACGCAUCGUGUCCGACCGUGUCACCAGAAUCCCCGUUCCAGGCGUUGAUUCAAAAACUAGCCCAUGCUGCAUCCGCCAGAUCGUCUUCCGCAUAAAGUCGAAGCAGUCGCUGAUCAGAGGCUGGGUGCACAAGGAAAGAGGCGGGAAGCAGAGACUGUUGGAUUCGCACGGCCAGGAAUUGCCCGUGGAUCAGGAUGGAGAGGUUACCAUAGAUCGCAUGCGGCAGGACGUGAGGACGGUCGACGAGUACUUCGUGCUUCAGAAGAGAAUGUGGAUGGGCAAGGAGGAGAGCUGGAGCGUGUGGGGAUUGGUGGACGAGUCCAACCUAGAUAAUCUUGAGUAA